UUAAGCGGAAAUAGGGAGCCGUCUUUCCUCUAUUUAAGCGCGCCAACAAAGACCCUCAGAGAAGGCAAAUCUGUUAUCGUCCACCACACCGUACGUUUUGUUUCACUCCACCGUGUAUCCUACCGUCCUGAAAAAAUGCCAGAGGAAAUGUCAGCCGCGUCAAUCUACGGGAGUGCGGAGGAGAAGCCGUGCUCCUCCUCCUCAACCGCAGCUGCAGCAGACAGCUCUGUGGACGUUGCCGAGGAGGCAAAGAAGCUGAUUGGCACCGGGAACAGGCAUCUAGUGAUGGGAGAUGUUGUUUCUGCUGUCAGUGUCUUCCAGGACGCCUGCAGCAUGCUGGCUGCAAAGUAUGGGGACACUGCAGAGGAGUGUGGCGAGGCCUUCUUCCUGUGUGGGAAGUCCCUCCUGGAGCUUGCCAGGAUGGAAAACAGUGUGCUUGGUAAUGCCCUGGAGGGAGUCCCAGAAGAGUCUGAGGAGGAGGAUCAGCCGAACAACUCAAAUAUCGAGAGUGCCAACAAUCUUGAUGAAGAAACAAGAGAUGACCUACGAAAGCAGGUUUAUGAUGCAAUGGCGGAAAAGACUGAGCCAGGUGACAUCGAAUUGGAGUCCGAGGAAGGAAAGGGCACCCCUGAGGUGAAAAAAGAGAACGGUGUGGUGAAUGGAUCAAGUUCCCCUGUGAGUGAGAAGGAAAAGGGUUCAGUUCAAAAAGUGAACGGAGUGGAGAAGAGCCCCGGUGCUCCUGUCGAUGGUGUGGCAGAAAGAUCCACUGCAGCCAAUGGUGUCAAGGACUCAGGAGAGCAGAACGACAAGAAGACCAAUGGAAUGCCAGAGGAAGAAGAUAAUGCUGAAUCCAAGCCAGAGGAUGAACAGGACGAGGAGGAAUCAGAGGAUGAUGACGAUGAUGAUGAUGAGGAUGGAGAGCAAAAUGGGCAGGAAGAGGAAGAAGUUGGCAAUUUGCAGUUGGCCUGGGAAAUGCUGGAAGUAGCUAAAGUAAUCUACAAAAAAAAGGAAGGCAAAGAUGACCAGCUGAUGGCAGCCCAGACAUAUCUGAAACUCGGAGAAGUCAGUGCUGAAUCGGGAAACUAUCCCCAGGCGCUAGAUGACUUCCAGGAGUGUCUUGCCCUGCAGCUGAAGCACCUGCCCCCCCACAGCCGCCUGCUGGCUGAGACCCACUACCACGUCGCCACCACACUGUGCUACAUGGACCAGUACAGCCAGGCCAUCCAGCACUACAACAACUCAGUUAAAGUCAUCGAGACCCGUCUGGCCAUGUUGCAGGAGGCGAUCGACGCAGCAGGUGGUGCGGCUGAAGAAAAGAAUGAGAUGGACGAGCUGAAGCAGCUUCUGCCCGACAUCAAGGAAAAGGUGGAGGAUGCCAAGGAGAGCCAGAGAACCGGCAGCGCUGCCUCCCAGGCCAUCCAGCAGACACUAGGCGGAGCCUCAACCUCAUCAUCUGCAUUCUCAUGUGAAAAUGGUGGCCCUUCAUCAUCUUCAGCUUCAGCUUUUGCAACAGUCAACAAGAUCACAGUUAAAUCGUCUGGCAGCGCCUCGUCUUCCAAGGCAGUCUCAAACAUCUCCCAUCUAGUCAGGAAAAAGAGGAAACCAGAGGAGGAGAGCCCAGUAAAGGACACUGAUGCUAAACAAGCGAAACAGGAAGCCACAGUUAAUGGCAGCGGUGACUCUAGUGCCAGCAACGGCAAAGGAGUCCAGGAGGGCAAAUCACAGGAGCCUGCCAGCUCGUCGGCCGCUGUGGGGUCUUCAGCGUGACAUCCUCGCCUCUUUCCUGAUCUCUGAAACCAGCACAGCAUGCCUGUCCAGCCCCUCAACCUUCAACACUUUUGUUUCUGUAAAUAAGAUCCAUUUUCAUAGAUUUGUCUGUCCAGUUUUGUAUACUUGUAGUAAAAAUGAAUAAAGAAUUUGCAUAUGUAA